UAAUAUUAAAGUGAAUGAGUGAGAUAAGCAAGGAAACACAAUUAAACUCGACCAUAGAAGCUAGUUGUACAACACUCCCACCAACCACAUAUUAAAUCGUGUGAGUGAGUAACCGAAGGAAGCAACACAACCAAAUAAACCCAAGAAUAGAUUCUAGAUCUAAAAGCUCUCCCACUUACUUCUCUGCAUAAUUUACUCCUUCAUUUAUUUUCAUGUAAAGAUUUCAGGCGGUAGAAACUUGUAAGAGGAUGGCAUGUGAUUAUUUUGACAAGAUUCAAGAAAUCACAAUUAUACCAACUAUGAUUUCCUUGAUUAAACAUAUAAGGUAUGUUGUCUAAAGUAUAGAAAAUAUUUUUAAGGAGUUUGUUUUAUUUGACCUCAAAUGCAUAACAAGAAUCUUAAUUCUCACUACUAGAAAUACUCUGUUUUCCUGCGGAUUUACCUGCGGAUUUGAGCAACAUUUCCGCAGGAAACUUAUUUCCUGCGGAAUUUCCUGCGGUUUUUGGUCCCCAGCUAAAACCUUCGUGGGUAAUUGUUUCGGCAGGUAAUUCCGCAGGAAAAUCCGCAGUUAAAUCCGCAGGUAAAUCCGCUGUAAAUUCCGCUGGUAGGUCCGCAGGUAAAUCCACAGGAACGAUAAAUCCGCAGGUAAAUCCGCAGGUAAUGUAGUUCUAAAUUUAAAAAAAAAAUCUAAUUUAUUAUUUGCUUCUCUAUGAAAAGGUUUAUACUAGAAAUAAUAUCUAGUAUUACGAUGCAUGAGAUCUAGUAUUAAUAUCUACCUACAAUCACAUACAUAAUCCCACUUGAAUAUCAACAUCUAGCACAAACAACAAGUUCUCAUCUAGCUAAAACAUCCAUAUUUGUUAAAAGAACAACUACUUACACUUGCAUACAGCACAACAUUGUUAUAAUUCCUCCAUCACAUAGAAAAUGAAACUUAUAAACCUAACAAUUCUCCAAUCUAAUAGACUAAUAAAUUAGAAGCAACUAACUAACUAACCCAACCGACGCAGACCUAAUGGCUCUCUAUCAAAUAUCAGUAUGGAAUCGUGUUAUCAAGUAUUGCCACCAAAGCGCUUCUCUUAUGAGUUCCCGUCGGUGUUGCCGAAAUCGUUGGAAUCGAUGUCGUCGUUCACCCAGACUGGGACUGCUUGGGAGUUUUGCUGGAGCCUACUCGCUCGGUGUAACUCAAAAUUAGCACAAGUUAGAGCCUUGUUUAUUGCCAGAAUAAAUGCAUCAAAUAGCCGACGAUCAGCGCCUAUACAAUAACAAACCAAUACAAUCAAAAUCAUGAUAAAAUAAACAGAGUAUUUCUAGUAGUUACCUUGUUGUCCUAAGAAGCAGCUGCGGCAGCAGGAUCUACAAAAGAAACAAAAUCAAUAAGUUGAAAAAACCAAGAGCAUCAUAAAACUAUAAUUUGCUUUGAAUCGCAGCUCUGAAACACAUCUUCGAAUUUCAAAGCAAGACUAUUAAUUAUAACUCAAGCUAUUCUUAAUUUCAGUAUAUCAUCAAUCAUAAAAUACGAUUUUGUUUUUCAUGUUUGUUAUCAUGUCCAGACCAAAUUCCUUGUCAUAGCAGUAACAAGCAGUAAAGAAUCUCGACUAAUUUCAUAGAGUAUCAGAAAACAUUAGCUCAAAAUGUGAAUCAAAAGACCGAUUUUAUGCAACGUGAACAGACUGAAGUAUGACAUAUUGCUUAAACAAAUAAGGCAUAAUGUUUCAGAAGUAAAGCAUGCAUUGGAUUGGAGCAGCAACUCAAUUGUUUGUCAAGAUAAUUAGCUACGAUAAAUCAAGGGAUCAGCAAGGUCAGUUCCAAACCACCGGGCAAAUUCUUACAUUGGCCUACUAUUUUAGUCAUAUAAUAACAUAGCAAAAAAUAAAUCUUACAAGCAACUAUGAUACCUGCCAUGAUCUAGAUUCAACUAAAAAGUACUUUAAGAAAAGCCAUUAUCUUCAACUAAAACCAAGAGCGUCAUAAAACUAUAAUUUGCUUUGAAUCGCAGCUCUGAAACACAAUUUCGAAUUUCAAAGCAAGACUAUUACCAUCCAGGAGUAUCGGCGGCAUCAAGGUACUCACUUUAUAGGGUAGCCAAAAAGGCUGCAUUGACAACAUAUUGGAGGGCCUGAGGCCUACCAUGAUUUAAUUGAAUCAAGCCUCCUGUGUACAUAAAAAAAACCCAACAUUUGCAUCAGAAUCGAAAUUGGAAAAUCAUGAACUCUGGUGUCGAGUUAAAAGCUUAGAAGUAAGAAUUGGUUACCUUUGGUACUGUUAAAGCUUGUGAAAACAGGUAGGUAGGAGCACAUGAUUAUACUGGUCUGAUUGUGGAAGGUCCUUAGAAUUUCUUCGUAUGGAUACCCAGGACUCAAGAACAACCUCAAACGACUAAGAAGAACCUGAAUACAAAAUGUCAAAAUCGAAUUAGUCAAGUUUGUUAAAAUCAAAUUAUACGUGCAUGCCUUAACGAAGAAUCUCAACAAAAUUACCUGUGCACCAGCAAGCUUGUUAUCCCAGCUCAGUACUCCAUAAUCAGGCCUCCCCAGAAAGCACCGGCACCAUGAACAAGUUUCUUGGAAUAGGCUUUGUUGUCUUUGAAAACAAUAGAUGCAGCCGCCAAGGCAGCAGCCAUCUCUGCAGCAAGCUCUGAACAACUGUGACAUUCGGUGACUGGCCUGUCGUAAUCAAUGUCUUCUGGACGCAUCCAGCAGUAGUGAUCAUUGGGUGUCGUACUUCCAUCUGAGGUAUCUCCAUUCCCGACCUGUCGAAGAACACCGAACACAUGAGAUCCAUAGUAACAAAGAUUUCCAGAAAUCAACUACGUAUAAAAUCGACUACGUAUAUCAUAAUAGACACUACAGACAGAAAUAUAAACCCACAGCGAUAACCAAAAUAGAAUGAAAUAAAAUAAAACAAAAAAUAAUCAGCGGCCCAUUUAAUGAUUUCCUUGACAUGAUCAAGCUCCCCGAUAGCUUCAUAUUUACCACUAUACUCAAUAACACUCCAACUCAACAUAGUGAUGGAAAAAGCGGCCGGAAAAUUGAACUUGAUGGCAUCUCCAGCAUCAUAGUAUCCACCAACCAGAUCCUUGGUUGCAGCAGAAACACCAGCACCCUUUCCAUCUUGCAUACCCGAAGUUCAAAAGAUCAAACUUUACACUAUUAGUCCUUAUAUAACACAGAAUAAAAAAGAAUCACAGAUCAAAUCAAGCAAACUUACUACCAUAGAAAACCCAUCUUCAUCAAGAUCCAUGCUUUACACUAUUAAUCACAUACCAAAAUUGUUUCUAUUGACAAAAUUCACAUAAAAUUAAGCUAACAUAAACAAAAAAAGAAACAUUUUUCAUCAAAAAUUGGAACUUCAGUCUCAUGUUUGACACAACAAUAAAAACAAAUUUUGAACUAUUACUCAAUCCCUAUGAAACAAAAUGAAUAUAGAUUUAGUAUGAAAAGAAAAAAGGGCACUCAUAAAAAGGAUAAAAAUCUAACAUUUUUGUGCAUUGAAGAACAUGAGAGCUUUAUGAAGAGCAAUGUCUAGACAUUUUUGUAGCUUAAGAGAUGUCAUAAUGUCACAAAUAAAUGUUGAGAAAAGAAAACUGUUUCAAGAUGUACCAAAAAUUAACAAUGGAUUAUCUCAACUUAGCUUAUUCGAAUAUGAAACAUCAGCUUGAUACUAUUAGAUUCUAGAAACACGGAUAAUUAUAGUUUUCCAUCUUCCACAUAAACUAAAAUUUAACACCUUUUCUUCUACAUUCAAGGAUCAUUAAGAAUACAAAUUCGGGUUAAAAAAAGACCAAACAUUCCAGUUACCUUCAGCUCAAAGAUUAUUAGAGUACAAGACUCAGCUCAACCGUUGAGAUUAUUAGAGUAAUCUCUCAUAAUAUAUUCCAGGAAUUUGUUAAAUUAUAUAGAACAGAUAUGAUAUAAAUAACAUAAAAAAAAACAAAAUAAUGUUCUAAUAUAUGAAAUUAAUGAUUAGUAUGAUAUAUCUAAUUAGAACAAGUAAAACAAUAGUUCUUUGACUGCAAAAACUGAUGGAUUUAAGAAACUACAUGCAUAAUGACCUAGCUAGUACAAGAAUCAGCUCAACAUUAAGACUAAUAGAGUCAUCUAAUAUUAUAUCCCAGGAAUGAAUUUCUUAAACUACAUGGAACAAAUAUUAUAAAAACUAGGCAAUGAGUAUUUAAAUAGCAAAAAAUAGUCCCCUAAACUGGUAUAGCACAUGAGUAUUUAAAUUUACGGUGUGAAAGCAAUGUAAUGGAAAUAGGUUCUAUUGGUGGUAUCUGGGACAGUCUGUACCAUACGAAUUAUGAACAGGGUAAAUGUCCUUGGACAGAGAUAAGAACAAUUAGAAUUCUAAUACUAAAGUUAAAAGGAACACAAAGAUACUUUCUGAAUAUAUUUCACUAGUUUCGGAAUUCUAAAUGCUGUUGAAACUGCAUGUAGAGUGGCGCUAAGCAAGUUUGGACUUGAUAUACAAAUAAAACUACUUGUCUUAAAGAGGCAUAGUUUAUUACUUUUGAGUAGCUUUUUGUUCUUUAAUAGGAUAACACCACAGGAAAAGUUGUGAGACUAAUAGCUUGGGCUGAUAGAGGUGGUUCUGCAAAGGCAAAACUCCCCCCGUAAAAUGGCAACUACAGGUUUGGGUGGAUUGACAGUUCUGCUGGUAAAGUUUGCCUAGGAUAUCACCAUAGGCAAAGCUGUGAGACUAAUCGCUUGGACAGCAAGUGAGGGUUCAGGUUCAAUGGCUCCGGAUAGAGAUGCUCCACCUGAAAACUCACAAGAAAACUCACAAGAAAGAGAUGCUCAAGAAAGAGAUGCCACGGAUACAAAUACUCCACCUGAUACUGAAGCAAAAGAAGUUGCACGAGGCAUCACCAUUAUGAAGGGAAUCAUUCGACAUAGAGACCAAGGAUUAGUAUACCAUUUGGAUUGGAAUUCUGAUAAACAAGCAAUUGGUCCUAAUUCUGCAAAGUUGACAAGCUAUAUUGGUACACUUGUUCGUAUGCAUAUUCCGGUCUCCAUAGCUAAAUGAAAUCUGAAAAGCGAAGAGUUGGAUGCGAAAAAAAAGCGAUUUGGGACGAGCUUCAGAGGACUUUUGAGAUACCAGAUGAUCGUAGACGCUACAUACUUAGUUUGGCCGGCAAAAGAUAUAGAGGGUGGAAAUCUUUUUUGACAAACACCUAUCUUAAGGAUAAAGAUGGAAACUUUCUUGAAGAGGCACCGGGACGGCCAAAAAAGUAUGAGAUCUUCAUUGAUGAAAAAGAUUGGGCUGAGUUUGUAAAGCAAAGAGAUGAAGAAUUUCGGAAAAGGAGUGCCACGAAUAGUGCGAGAGCAUCCAAACCCGCGUAUCCAUACAAAAAAGGGCGUUUGGGAUAUGCACGCUUAGAGGAUAAAAUUUUAGAGGAGACUAAAAGUGAGGAAACUUCACUUCCUGUACAUGUGUUGUGGAAGGAAGCUCGUGUGGGCAAGAAUCAAGCUGUCGAUCCCGAUGUUCAUAGAGUUUAUACUGAAUGUGAGACCUUGUCGCAAUCGGUAUCCACCGGUGAGGGGAGCGUACUUAGUAGAGCACUAGAUUCUCCUGAGUAUCCUGGUCGGGUGAGGGGUAAGGGUCAUGGUGUGACUCAAACCUCUUUUUACAAGAGUCCUAGGAGAAGAUCAAAUCUUACCAAUGAAGAAGUGUUGCAAAAGUUGCAGGAAUUGCAAGCACAAGUCUCUGAAUUGCAAAGAGAUAAAGAUAUGUAUAUGAGAGAAAAGUGCAACACUUCAUCGGUGAAAGAAACUAGUGAUAAGGCUAGUAUCAACUGUCAAAGGAAAUUUCCCGAGGGCAUUUCAUCUUGCCAACUAUACUUAUCGUCACCGAAUUAUCGACUAGUUGGCAAGGGAAAAGUGCACAACACUUUAGGAGAUUUACUUCACCAUAGACCGCUCCCGGAUGGACACCUGAAAGUAUCGGUGGAUGUUGUAUUAGAUCAUGAUGCGAUGCUACCGGUACCUGACAUGGUCUCAGAGACGACAUUGCUGCGAGAUGCAAUAGGAUCAUUUGUUGCAUGGCCCUCGGAGCUCAUUACCAUUAGUGAUGAGACUGCUCCUAUAAAACCCGCAAUUAAGGGUAAAGGGAUUUUACAGGAGGAGGAGUCUGUUGCAUCACUAAAAGAGGCAUCCGCUCGGGAGUCACAACAAGUGACGCAGCAAGUUCGUAGCGUACCACCCACUGGUCCUCCGAAGAUAGCGGCAAAAAAAGGCGGUGCUUUUGUGGCUCGGUACCGGACGACGCUCGCAACAAUGGUUGAUAUGUCCGAUUUGAAGGAUGGUGCUUUACGUGAAAUCAAUAUGGAUGAAAGUGUCUUCGGUAUUGAAUUCAAGUCACAUAUUGCAAUUGAUGACUUGGAAGAGAUUUUUACGCAUGAACAACUAGGCGUCGGUAAUAUGCACUCAUACAUCCGGUUGUUGUAUGACAGAGUGUUGCGCGGGACUGUAUUGUCUAACAGAUUCCGUUUCGUGUCUUCCGCCCAUUGCAGCGGAAUGGCAAUUGCUUCGGAACCGGAAUCAGUUAGACAGCUCUUAGUCGAUAGAUUCAUGUCCACCAGCAAUUCAGAAAGUCUGCAUCUUUGGGCGUAUAAUACCCGACCAGUAGGAGCACACUGGUUGUUGCUUGCUAUCAACCCUAUAAGAGAAGUCGUGUAUUAUCUGAAUUCGGUAAAUGGUGACUGGACCAAUUAUCCGGCUAUGAAGGAAAUCGUUGAUUUAUCAAUAUAAGUGUUCCGAAGUCAACGGGACGCACAGGUAUCCCAGACUAAAUCAAACAACAUUACUUGGAUCAAAGUGCAGUGUCCGCAACAGCGAAACAGUUCAGAUUGCGGAUACUUUGUUUUGAGGUUUAUGAAAGAAAUCCUUCAGGCGAAUCAAUUAGAGAUUCCGCUCACGUACCUUGACGAUUUCCGUGCUGCUGGGUACCCGAGACUUAAGUUGGAAGAAAUCAAGGAGGAUUUGUGUCACUUUUAUAUUAAGCAAUUUUUCAUGUAGGAUUUGUGUCGAUUUGAACUAUAUAUUAUUGAUGUUGUAAUGAUGUAUAUAUAUAAUUUUGGAUAUUAUAAUGGUAUUAUAUUAGUAUAUAUAUAUAUUGUCUUACUGAUGGCUGAAAUUAUAUCGUCGAAAAUAUAUUACAGGUCGAAAAUAUUACAGGUUGAAAACAUAUUAUAGGUCGAAAAUAUUACAGGUCGACUGGGAGGAUUAAAUUACAGGCUGCACAUUAAAAUACAUCAUUUAGCAACGACAGCGCUUUUGAAAAGCGCUCUUAAAGGUCCACCUACAAAAGCGCUUCUUAGUAAAAGCGCUGCCAAAGAAUAAUAAAAAAGCAUAAA